GGUAGACCUGUUAGGCUAUUGCAUUCCCCCGGGUCAGAACUGUUGGGACUUGAAGGGUGGUGGAGAGAGAGGGAAGGAGGGGUGGGGUAAGAUGAUUAUUUUUCACAGAGGAGGAAUGCUUUUAUCAAAUUUUGAGUUGAAUAAGUCUCCAAAAAUAGAUUGCCAUGGAUUCUGGUCCCACAUUUAAUAUUGAACUGUCACUAAAACCCACAAAUCUGUUUUUUUCCCCAAAGUAUAAUUGACAUAGCACAUUGUGUUAGUAUCAGAUGUACAACAUAAUGAUUACCUAUCUACACCUCAAAACGAUCACAGGAAGUCUAGUCACCAUCUGUCACCAUACAGAGUGACAAAAAACUUUUCUUCUUGUGAUGAGAACUUUUAAGAUUCUCGGCAACUUUCAAAUUUGAAAUACAAUAUUGACUAUAGUGACCACACUGUACAUUACAUCCCAUGACGUAUUUAUUUCAUAACUGGAAGUUUGUACCUCUUGACUCCUUUCAUCCAUUUUGCGCCCUCCCCCCAACUGCCCUCCCCGAGAGAGGGUUAUUUUUGAAGACAUGUUUAAGAGGUAGGAUUGACAGGCCUUGAUGUUGGGUUGGAUGGUAGAGGGAAAAGGUAAAUGUCAAGGUUUUUGGUGGCAUAGCUGGAUGAAUGAUGAUACCAUUCCCUGAGCAAGGGCCCUGGAAGAUGAUCACUUUUACGGAGGGGGGUGCAGGGGAAACGAGCAUGAAUUCAGCUGUAAAUGCUUUGAGUUUGAGGUGCAUUUGAGACAUCUAGUUGCUGUCGCGUAGGCAGUGGAAUAUUUGGGUCCUGAGUGUGGAGAAUUCUAAGCCAAAUAUAGAAAUGCUUGACUCGUGUACUUCCAGGUGGUUAUUGACAUGUCAGCAGACGAUUGCCUGGGAAAGGCAUGUAGAGUGAGGAAGGCUCCAAAGCCCAGCCAGAGGGAGAGGCCACAGUAGCAAAAGGGACUGACCUCUAGUUACAGCAGAAAGAAAGAGGAUGGAUGCAGAUAUACUGAGGUUUGUGUGUUUGCCUUCUGGAACAUGAGAGUAUUUCCUUUGAUGUCUCCUGUGUUCUUUGUGAAGUAGGAAGUAAGGUGGUUGGUUUGGAGAGAAGAAGAGUUCUGAAGUUUUAAGACAGUGGGAAAGUUUUGAGAUAACCUUUGUGGAAAAUGAGUUGACCAAGGACACAGUAGGACUGCUGAACAAUGUGGUGUCCCCGAGAGGCUGGGGACUUUGAGCAAGGCGUGAACCUCAGCACUUCUCCCUGGAGCGGUUGUUACCGCCGUCAUCUCCCCGCUGGGCUCCUGCAAGAGCCUUCCCCCUCGCUUCUCUGCCUCCGUUCUCUGUCCCCCCCCUUCCCAGCCCAGCUUUCCUACAAAGCACCUAGAGCUAUCUUUGAGAAGUAUAAAUCGGGCUGUGUUACUUCCCUGUCCAGAGCCCUGCGGUGACUUGCUCUUGCACUAAGAAUAAUUCAGCCCAGUCCUUACCCUUGCCUUAACCCUGUGUCAGGUGAACUGGCUUCACCUCCUACCACUCUCCAGUUCAGCCAUGCUGACCCUACUGCUUCUUGAACAAGUCAGACACAUUCCCAUCUUGUGGUCUUUGCACUUAACUGUUCUCUCAGUCUGGAAUAUUCUUUCUCACAUCUUUUUCUUGUCUGCUUGUUCUCCUUUCUUCAUUCAGGUCUUUGCUCAAUUAUCAUUUUUCAGAUAGGCCUUCCCCGACGACCCUGUCUAAAGUAGCACUGGGUCAGCUCAACCCCUUACACUGUUUCACUCUUCUCUGUACCUCUAAUCACUUCCCAACUAGAUGUAAGUGCCAUGAGGUCAGGGAUUUAAUUUUUUAAUCGGCUAUAUAUCUCUAGCACCCGUAACAGUGCCCAAAACACAGUGGGCACUCAGUAAAUAUUUGCUGAAUGAAUGAAUGAACAAAUGGAUGUAUUUAUUACCUGUGUUCUCCCUAAAAUGUUUGUUCCUUGAGGAUAGAGACUUCAUCCUGAUUUCUCUUUACAUGUAUCUCCACUGCCCAGUGACAUAAAUCAGAGUAUGUUGCUUUGCUCUUGUUGACUGAAUGAAGGAAUCAUGCUGUAUAAUGGAACCAGUCUGCCCUGCUGUGUGCCUCUCCCUCCAGGAUGCCCGGUGGCACCACCCAUUCACCUCUCCACUGAAACUUCCGUCCCACCAACCCACUGACAGAACUCUUAUUAAAACCGAUCUGGGGGCUAGACCCACUGGACGCGUUCUCAGAGCUGUUAUUCCUUUGUGGGUCCUGUUGGCCCUGCCUCUGCCUCCCGCCUCCCACCUCUGCUGACACCGCCCAGGUUCCGGCUUCAUCGGUUCUCAGGCAACACAGUUACCUUCUAACUGGUCCCCCUGCCUCCGGAGCACUUGAUCUCGCCUUUCACACUGUUGCCUGGAUGAUCUAAAAGACAAAAGCAAACAAAAACCAACUCCGUGGAGUCUGAGUCCCUGGAUUCGCAGUGCUCCUUCACGUCUGCCUUUGUGUGUGCUGCUGCUCAGCCUGGAGCGCCCCUCCCCUCCCCGUUCUUUGGCUUUUCCGAGCCCUUCUAUACCUAGAUCAGACUCUCAGCUCUUUGAAGACAGGGACAGUCUGUGUCUCUACAAGUGCUUGGCACCCAGUAAAUGAUCAUGGGAUAAGUGGUUGUUCAUUCAUCUUCAAACUCCCGACACCCAGCAUGGCAUGGGUUGGAAGUGGAGUCUCUCCCUGGACCUGACGACAACCAACAUCAUGCAGUUACUAACUGCUCUACCCUCACCUAUUGAUGCCUCCCAGGAAAAAACGCCACCAAAUUUCCCAGAAACCCCAGCUGCUAUUCCACCAACAACCACUGGAGGGCCCCAAACACUGCUAUGGGUCUCCCCAGCUUCCUAUCACCCACACUAGACAGGUGGCCAGCAAGCCUGUUGACCCCAGCACCAUCACUUCCUGGGUAUCACCUCAGUUUGAUACAACAGCAGAAAGCUGGUUCCCAGUCAACCGGAAGCGUCAUCACCGAGACCAGGCAAGGCGUUCAAGUCGAAAAUCUACCAGCUCCAAGUUUCCACACCUAACGUUUGAGAGUCCACAGUCUUCUGCCAGUUCAGCCAGACCUGGGAUCCCCCUAAUCAGGGACGGCCCCAGUCAACCAGAAAAGGACAUUUCUGGAAGGCCCUUGGUUCCCAUGCUCAGCCCCCAAAGCUGCGGGGAGCUGUCAGCACAUGCACUUCAGAACUUCCCUUAUGUGUUCAUUCCACCGGAUAUCCAGAGCCCAGAGUCCUCAGGGCAGGGAGGGCCCAUUCCCUCGCAGCAGAGGGAAAACAGCCUUCCCAGCUGCUCCCUUCACACGAGCACGCCCAAGAGCCCAGAGCCUGGGCCUGUUCUGGUUAAAGACACUCCUGAGGAGAAGUACGGGAUAAAGGUCACGUGGAGGAGGCGACGACACCUGUUCACUUACCUCAGGGAGAGGGGGAAGCUGAGCAGAAACCAGUUCCUCGUGAAAAACUGACUGCGUUUCUCGGACAUCCGUGGUCUCAAGAAAUUGAUUGCUGGAGUCAAAAGGGAAUUGAAUUCCCAGAUUUGCUUUUUAAAAUAUCUUGUGUCAUAAACAGUUUUUAGUGUCAUAAACAGUUCACUUCGUAUUUUCCUUGUAUUAGCUGUUUAAAAUUUUUAAAUAUCUUGUAACUGUUUAAAAAGUCUGUAAAUAAAUAAAUGGCUGCAGAAAGUUUUUAGAGAACGCUGCUUCUGUCACUGAUGCAGCAGUACUGCCCCCUCUGCAAAUGGUCUUUCUUAAUUGUUCCCUUUAACCACUGCUUAUUCAUCCUUUUAAACACCUCAUUCAAACUAAUUCAUUCCACAUGUCUGAGUACCGACUCUGACCGCUUCCUCUGUGACCAGAUGCGCAGAAAAACUCAAAGCAAACUGACUUUUUGUAGUUGAGCUGCUGCCUCUGCAAUCUUGGCUCAUCUGCUGAGAGGGCUGGAUGAAGAAAGGGCAGCAAGCCUGUUUUAAUGAGUCAGUGGGACCAAGGGAGAUAAAGGGGACAUAGGUUACUUAGGGUUACUAUGUUUUGAAUUUUUGUUUCCAACUGUAGUAAUCUGUAAAUAUUAAAUAGGGUGGGAAAACGAUUUCUUGUAACUUUAAAAUGUAUGUAAAUAAAUAUAUAAUCUUUUCAAAUA